GUAAGCAGCAGGCGUCUGUUCUGACUGAAGCUGCAGCGCUUUAACUUGAUGUUUUACAGGCUCCGCGGAGUCAUAUCCAAACCUCUGCUUCGCUCCCUGACUCAGCUUUUUUUGUUACGCAAUUCCAGAAAACUGACCUCCAAAAUGUCCUUUCAGUAUCCGCAAGCUUUCCGCGACGAGGCAGUUCUGGACGACUAUCAUGGCCACAAAGUACCGGAUCCAUACAGCUGGCUGGAGGACCCUGACAGUGAAAAGACACAGGCCUUUGUCAGCGCUCAGAAUCAGCUGACGUUGCCCUUUUUAGAGUGCUGUGAGGUGCGAGACCUGUUCAAGGAGCGCAUGACUGAGCUGUACGACUAUCCCAAGUACAGCUGCCCCUUCAAGAGGGGAAGCAGGUACUUUCAUUUCUACAACACAGGCCUUCAGAACCAGAGUGUGAUGUAUGUGCAGGAGAGCCUGGACGCUGAACCCACAGUCUUCUUGGACCCAAACACGUUUUCUGAUGAUGGGACAGUUGCCCUGCGAGGCUAUGCAUUCUCUGAGGACGGGGAGUAUCUGGCAUACGGCACCAGUGCCAGCGGGUCCGACUGGGUGGAGAUCCGCUUCCUGCGCGUGGAAGGCGCCGUGCCUCUGGAGGACCACCUGGAGCGAGUCAAGUUUAGCUGCAUGUCCUGGACUCACGAUGGGAAGGGCCUUUUCUACAACUCCUACCCUGAUCAGGAGGGCAAAAGUGACGGCACUGAGACGUCCACCAACCUGCACCAGAAGCUAUACUUUCAUGUUUUGGGGACUCCGCAGGCUGAGGACGUGCUGUGCGCUGAGUUUCCGGACCAUCCCAAAUGGAUGAGUGGUGCUGAGGUGUCAGAUGAUGGACGCUACGUGCUGCUGUCCAUCAGAGAAGGUUGUGAUCCUGUCAACAGGUUGUGGUACUGUGACCUUCAGACCACUCCUCAGGGUAUUACAGGACUUUUGCCGUGGGUGAAGCUAAUCGACAACUUUGACGCGGAAUACGAAUACGUGACCAACGAGGGCACGUUGUUUACAUUCAAGACCAACUUGGACGCCCCACGUUACAGACUCAUCAACAUCGACUUCGCUGCUCCUGAUCAGAGCAAAUGGAAGGAGCUCAUCCCUCAGCACGACAAAGACGUUAUCGUGUUUGCCACCUGUACAUACUCCAGCUAUCUAUUCGUGUGUUUCCUCCACGACGUGAAGAAUGUGUUGAAAAUGUACCGUCUGAGCUCGGGGGAGGAGCUGAGGACAUUUCCUCUCGACGUCGGCUCGGUGGUUGGCUUCACGGGACGAAAGCGAGACUCGGAGAUCUUCUACUAUUUCACCUCUUUCUUAUCCCCAGCCAUCAUUUACCAUUGUGACCUCACCAAGGAGCCGCUGCAGCCCCACAUUUUCAGAGAGGUCACCGUCAAAGGCUUCAACCCCUCCGACUACCAGACCACCCAGAUCUUCUACACCUCCAAGGACGGCACUCAGAUACCCAUGUUCAUCGUCCACAAGAAGGGCAUCAAGCUGGACGGCUCCCACCCGGGUUUCCUGUACGGCUACGGAGGCUUCAACAUCUCCAUCACGCCGAGCUACAGCGUCUCCCGCCUCAUCUUUGUCAGACAUCUGGGAGGAGUUCUGGCCGUCGCCAACAUCAGAGGAGGAGGAGAGUACGGGGAGACCUGGCACAAAGCUGGCAUGUUGGCAAACAAGCAGAACUGCUUCACAGACUUCCAGUGUGCAGCUGAAUAUCUCAUCAAGGAGGGAUACACUUCUCCCUCCAAGCUGACUAUAAACGGAGGCUCCAACGGCGGCCUGCUUGUAGCGGCCUGCGUGAACCAGCGGCCCGAGCUGUUUGGAUGUGCCGUAGCUCAGGUGGGCGUCAUGGACAUGCUGAAGUUCCACAAGUUCACCAUCGGCCACGCCUGGACCACAGACUUCGGCUGCUCAGAAGACAAGGACCAGUUUGAGUGGCUCAUCAAAUACUCUCCGCUCCACAACAUCCGCAUCCCGGAGGGCAACGGGGUCCAGUACCCCGCGGUGCUCCUGCUGACGGGGGACCACGACGACCGCGUGGUGCCCCUCCACUCGCUCAAAUACAUCGCCACCUUGCAGCACAUCGUGGGCCGCAGCAGCAAGCAGGCCAACCCCCUCUUCAUCCUAGUGGACACAAAGUCGGGCCACGGCGCCGGCAAGCCCACCAGCAAGGUCAUCCAGGAGGUGGCCGACACCUACGCCUUCAUCGCUCGCUGUCUCAACAUCUCCUGGGUCAAAUAACCGGCGUCUCCCGUCAAACCGGCGUCCUUUUGUUUUUGCUCAACUACUCUUUAGAAUACGGUUUGUUCCAGCUGUUGUCUUCACAGCAGCAGCACUUAGCACCGGCUGUUUUAACCCACUUGUACCCAGCCACCACUACUAUAGCUCUUUGUUUUUUAAUUUCAUUUUUUUGUCUUUUCUUUGUGCUUUGUUCGUCCCUCCCUCCCUCCCUCCCUCCGCCCCUCAGCGCGAGUCUCGCAGACCCUCGCGACUAUAAGCCAACAUGCAGCACUCACAGCUAAUCCAUCGUCGGCCAUGUUUGUAGUUCUGUGUCGAGGGAGGGACCGCCUUCGCUGUUACAGUCAUCUGCCAAUCAGCCGUUAAAGUCAUGAGGUGGCAACAAAAAAAAAAAAACACAGUUUAUUCGAAGAUUGUUCCUGUGUCCUCUGGGUGUUCCGACAUGAUGCAUAUUAUUUAUUUCUCGUCCGUGCGCACGUCGGAGGCCGUCGGAGGUCGAACGAUAUCCGAUGUGGCAGUAUUACGACGGUACCGCAGGUUGGCUGUGUCGCUGCAGACGAGAGCGCGGAAACUUGCAAAAAAAAAGAAAAGAAAAGGAAAAGGAAGAAACACUUUGGAUGGUGUGCCUGCAUGUGUGUGAGAGUGUGUGUGAGUGUCAGUGUCAGUCCCAACAUUUCUUUCAGACUGAUGAUUUCUACCUCUUGACUUGUGCUGAUUGUUUACCUUUUUAAAGGGAGCAAAACACAAUGCCACAACUACAAUAAACAACUUUUUAAACAGUGA